AUGGGCAGUUUAAUUUUUUUAAACAACAUGGCUGUUGCUCCAUCUCUUACAAUAGGUGGAAAUAUAAUUAAAGAAGAAUCAUCAGAUGUAGAAGUUACUAAGCCAUCUAUCGUAUCAGCUCGAAGCGUCAAGACACAGUAUUUAAAUCUUAGAAAACUUGUACAAGUUCAAUUAUCGAAAAUAUUUGCGGAUAUAUUUGUAUCCGAAUGGCUUAUACAAAAUGAAGAGAGUACGCCUAGUGUCAGAGAAUUGACCAAAAAGUAUCUAAACAUGGAUUUAUUGACAACGAAAGCAUUUAUUAACAAUAUUGAGAAGAGUUCUGAAGAUAUGGAUAAGAUCGAAGAAUCGUGUAUCAAAGCCUGGAGUGUGUAUAAUAUAGCAAAAGAACAAGAAAAAAUUAUGUUCGACAAAUAUCAAUUUACUCAGAAUGUUGUCAAUGUAGAAAAUCAAGUAUUAAAAAUUUUAGCAUACACUGAAUACCAGGGUAUUAUGGUUGAUAAGGAAUUGGCAUCACAACUUUUAAUAGAUGUGAAAAGUUCUCAAGAAAUCCUCCAGAAAAAGGCCUACAGAAUGUGUGGCUACCAUUUCAAUUUUAACUCAUCAAACGAUGUCGCGAAAGUCCUCGGUAUAUACAGAGGUCGCAAAGUAAGCACAAAGAAGAGCGUGCUAACAUCACAUAACAGUCCGAUGGCGAGUAUAGUUAUUUACUGGAGAAAACUUAACUCAAUUCUUACUAAGACUCUUUAUCCACUGACUGAGAAGGCUUAUAUGUAUAGCACUGGGAAUAGAAUAAAUCCGUCGUACACAAUGUUUACUUGCACCGGACGAAUUAGUAUGCACGAGCCGAACUUGCAAAACGUGCCGCGAACCUUCAGCGUUCCCCUCAAAUACCUCAGCAUCGACGAUACUGAACCUUGCGACGACCUAAUGGAGUUCAACUGUAGAAAUAUAUUCAAAGCUUCGCCGGGCACCGUGUUUGUCUCGGCGGAUUACUGCCAGCUGGAAAUGCGCAUCCUAACUCACUACAGCAAGGAUGUCGUCUUAUCACGCAUAAUGGCUUCUGAUGUUGACGUGUUCAAGUCGAUCGCGGCCUCGUGGGGCGGGAUUCCUGAAACUGAGGUCGAUGACGAUCUUCGUCAAAAAGCCAAGCAACUCUGUUACGGUAUUCUGUACGGUAUGGGAAAUCGUACUCUCUCCAAGCACCUAGAUGUUUCUGAGAUUGAAGCAGCUGUAUUCAUGGACAGUUUCUAUAAGACGUACCCUGCCGUGCGGGUAUUUACGCAAAAUUUGAUAGAAGAAUGCAGAAGUAAAGGAUAUGUGGAGACGUUGAUGAAGCGAAGACGUUACCUCCCAGAUAUUAAUAGUCAUGUUUAUAGCAAAAGAACCACGGCUGAACGUCAAGCCGUGAACACAACCAUCCAAGGGUCGGCUGCAGAUAUAGCAAAAGCCGCGAUGUGCGCCAUCGAUGACAAAACCUAUGGAGACGCCCAACCUUAUCUCAUUUUACAAAUGCAUGAUGAACUGAUAUAUGAAGUGCAAGAGAAUAAAAAGAGCGCCUUUAUAAAGAUCCUAAAAGAAGUCAUGGAAACGACAAUACGAUUAAGCGUGCCUCUACCAGUUAAAGUCAAAUCGGGGUACACAUGGGGUUCUUUAAAGGAAGUCAAUAUAUAA